CAGCAUUGCCAUCCGUGCUCAAGUUCGCAAACAUCAUUCAAGGAAGUACAACAAUAGCCUUCACGAGGUAUUGGUGAGCCUCGCAAUUUCCAACUCCAGAGAUCUCCGCUGCCCGCACUCAGAGCGAUGCGUAAAAAUGGCCGUUUUGUAACGCCGCCAGGCGGACGAUCGCAUACUCUCUGGUGCAGACCUGCAGUGGACGUACAUGCUGUCAUUGAGGAUGCUCCGUGCGAACGCAUGAGCGGCUCAAUGCCAUGGUGUGGUCUUCCGAGGCCGGCAUACCGGGUACCUUUGCGAGCGUCUUGUCAAUCUCCUAUCGAGGGCCCCGGUUCUGCCACGCCCACAAGUAUAAGUCAGUGCUCGAUGUGACAAGGGUCAAAGCCCUCGUCGAAUGGGUCCUUCCCGACUUCACUGCCUCUACCUUGCAGAACGUGACGGCCUACUCCGUUCAGCUCAUGUCAACGCUGAAGCCGUACGCAUAACAACCGACGACUCAAAAUCUGCUAGGUGCUUGUAGCUUGCACUACCCGAAUCUGAGA